AUGGUUAGCAUCAAAUGCGAAUCAGAUGAUCUGACCUCUCCACGAAAUCUUGAAGUAACACAAGCAGGUCUAUACAGCAUUGCCAUGUCCUGGGAACCUCCAGAAUGUGGAUCAGUUGGGGAAUAUCACAUUGAGCUUGCUGGUAUUGAUGCUAAAUUUGAUGUUCAUCGACAAUCUGUAAUACAUCCAUCAGUUAGUAUCACAGGCCUUCUACCAGGAACUGAAUAUCAAAUACGUGUUCGUGCAGCUGAUCGAUCACGUACUUUAGGUCCAUGGAAUGACUUUCUGCUCGUUGCAAAAACAGAAGGAGAACCUCUUGAUGAAUCGCAUGAAAUAGAAAUUGACUAUCGGACAGAUACUGAAGUACGCAUUAGCUGGCAACCAUACGAGGAUGAGAGAUUACAGCAUUAUGAGGUGAUGGCAACUGAAGUAGACGAUGGUGAAAGUCAAAUGGUAAUUCGAGGACGUGUAAAUCCUUUGGCUAGCAGUCACGUUUUCUCAGGAUUACAAAGAAAUACGCAAUAUGAAAUAGGAGUAGUAGUGUUUAUUGACCAUGAACCCAAGUUAGUCUACAAAUUGUUAGCAAAGACUGCUUCAAGUUCGGGUGUAACCUGGAAGGACAAGCCAAGUAUUGCUGCUGAAAAUGCUCAUCAGUUCUCUGUUCAGUGGAAAAAACCAGAACUACCAAAUGUUGGAAAUAUUUCCAAAUUUGUGAUCGAAUAUCGUUUACCAAACGAAACACAAUGGCGUAAAUAUGAUGAUUUGCUUGUGGAAGAGGCAAACAAUGAUUACCAUAUAUUAUUUGAUGGGAUUCACGCUAGCGCAUUUUAUUCAUUUCGGAUUCUAGCAAUUGAUGAUCAACUCAAACUAGCAGCUAAAACUGCUGAAAUUACUCUUGGUUCCGCAGCAUCUGAAUCUUGUGCUAGUGAUGCUGGCAUUCCACAAAAUGUACGAGCAAGUUUUAUAUCUCAUGAUACCAUCCAAUUCAAAUGGGAAAAGCCCCAGUGUGAUCAGUCUUAUGGAGCUAUCAGUGGUUACGAAUAUUUGUUUUGGAAUGAAGAAACAGAUGUCCAGCCCGAAAAAAUAUUUCACGCUGAACGUAAUAUGAUCAAAUUAAAUGAAUUGGAUUCAGGUACACGUUACUCAUUCCGAGUUCGUUCUCGUGCAGGUCACGGACAUAGUUCAUGGAGUGAAACUGUGAGUACUGAAACAGAAGCAGAUAUCAGAUCUCAAGGUAAAUUUGCGAUAAAAACACUGUUUUUUUCAGAUAAUCAUAACAUUUACCAGUUGCGCAUAAUUUUGGCACCACCAUUGUCAUAUCUGGCGUGGACGCCUCUGCCUGAGCAUAGCGAUGACAUCGUAAAAUUCAAACUAUCGUAUAAAAAAAGUGCGAGUGACCAAUGGACUCGUGUAAUUGAAAAACCGCAAUAUUUCAAAUGUCCUGAUGGAAUCGCUGAUGCUGAAGACUUCUGCUUCGACUUGUCUAAGCUUUCAUUCGGUGUACAAUACACUGCUGAUGUAACUUUUACUUCUACUUGUGUUCCAAAACGGCUUUUUGGUAUCGAGAAACCGCGUAUCGAACAACGGGGCUCACGUACUUUGCUGUACUGGACUGUUGGUGGAGAUACUUCAAAUGUUAUGGCAUAUCAGGUUUUUUAUUCGGAUCGUGACUGGCGACCUUUCAGUGGUUACAUUACACAUUCACCAUCAGAAAUACAUUACAGGCAAGAACUAAGUAAUUUGGAAACUAACAAGUAUUAUUACGUGAGAGUUUCUGCAGUCGAUCACUCUCGAAACAUUCUGGCAACUUCAGAAGCAACCAGUUUUGCCGUAUACUGUCGAGUGCCCAGUAUUGCACCACAAGACUUACGCCUGCAAAGUAUCGCAGAAGGAGUUCGCUUGUUGUGGAAUUGGACCGGUGAAGAUGACCAUGACUGCGAGCCAUAUUUUCUAAUAACAGGAUAUCAGAACGGUGUACCAUUCUCAGAACGAAUUAUUGGGCGUGAUUCACGCCAAUUCACGUUCCAAAAUGCUAUUCCAGGCGAAUGGCAUGCAGAAAUGAGAGCUGGAAAUCGAGCAGGAACUGGACCUAGCAGUUCCCCUGUCAAUCUACAGAAUGCUUUUCACGGACUUGUUUCGAAACCACGUGUUUCUGCCCGCGACGGUUAUUUAUCUGUGGAAUGGGUCAGUCAAGGAAUCGGUCAAGGUGUUUUCGGAUAUCGAGUGCAGUAUCGAACUGAUCAUACCGGCUGGACUCCUUAUGGGCAGAUAGUGCCAUACGUAGGAGAUAAUAAACUUUAUAUGCAACAAGUCACGGGACUACAACAAGGCAGCACUUAUCACUUACACAUCCAAGUCCUUGAUCGCAAUUCUUACGUUAUGUAUACUAGCCCAGAAGUAUCAGCGAGAACUGUUUGUUCUGCACCAACUCAUCCGCCAUCACAUUUGCAAGUGCAAGCUGCUGACCCACAUCACAUUCGAGCAAGCUGGAUGCAACCGCCACAAAGUACAUGGCAGUGUAAUGAUAUACAGAUCGAGAUUGAGGUAACGGAACCAUCUGGAAUCCAACCAGUUCUCCUAAAUGGACGCCAAACAACAUACGUGUUCGAUUCAGAAGCUAAUCAGCCAUGGUCAAUCCGAAUUCGUUCAAAAAACUCAGCGGGUGCAUCAGCAUGGACACAAAUAGCAUCUGCUCGUACGCCACCCGUUGCUGAACUGAUUAUUGGACCAGUAGUCAGCUAUAGACAUGGAAUUCCAUUACUUACAUGGACUAGUAAAGAACAAAUAGAGGAUCUAGUUCGAGCAUAUCAAAUUGAUUAUCGAACAUCAGAAGACCUGCCUUGGCAGCAAUAUCAAGUACAGGUGCCAUUCACAGGCUGGCAAAGACCGUACAGCAUUGAUCUAAAUGGAUUACCUUCUGGACAUAAUUAUCAAAUUCGAGUUCGUGCAAUGGAUGCAAACAAUGGUAUUGCUUACACAUCAGCAGUUGUUAACGUUAAAACUGAAAUUAAAUGUUCUGCACCACGUCGAGUGCCAUUCGAUGUACAAGCAACAUCUCUUGGACCUACACAAGUUCGCGUGUCCUGGAGGACACUACAUGAAUCGGAAUGGAACUGCAAUCGUUUAUGGUACAUUGUCAAAUACAGUACACUUCACAAUCAAGGCUUCAAGAAUCUAACGCACGGUGAAAAUUAUGUGAUUUUUGAUUCAGAGCCAUUCACACAGUGGACUUUCGAAGUUCAAGCUGCUAAUCCAUCUGGUGAAACGCAGUGGUCACGUCCAGUUACAGUUCAGACUGAGGGAACUGCACCUGGGCCAGUUUCCGAUUUCCGAAUCUAUUCGCAGUCAUCAGAUACACUUCAGCUUUCUUGGAGGCAACCGAAAAAUCCAAAUGGACGAAUUACUGGCUAUGAAAUUACCUAUCAACUACUAUCAAAAGGUAUGUGCGGUCAGAUUUCUGAAAAACCUGUAACUAUUACUACUGAAACGCCUUCUUUCACUCUCAAAAGCCUAUCUUCACAUUCCAAAUAUCUUAUUUCUGUUGCGGCAAAAACAAACAUUGCUGGAGAGCGUAUAAGUCAAGAAGUACAGACUGAAGAUGCACCACCAACUGGCACUCCAAUUCAUAUUCGUAUAACAAAUGUUUUGGCGAAGGAGGUUGAUUUAGUAUGGCAAGCACCAGAAUGUUUACAAACAAAUGGUGAAAUUACGGAAUAUGAAUAUGAAUUAAGACUUAUAGACCAGUAUAAUAAAGCAGCAGGUACUAAAGCAAAAAUUACUGGUUUGUCAGCGUAUACAAGGUAUUCAGUACGAAUGAGAGCAUUCACUCGAAAAGGACCAGGACCCUGGUCAGUACCAGUUCAAUUCCAAACUGCAGCUGCACCUGACGUAAUCUUUUAUUUAUUAUAUUUUAUUUUUAUGAAAAACAAGUUUAUUCCAGCACCACCAAUGGUUCGCGUUUACAGUACUGGAUCAGAUAAUGCAGAUUUGAUUUGGCAAGAGCCUUAUCCAUUAACAGAAUCUAUUGACAAAUACAAGUGUAAGUAUGCAGUGGCUGGUACCAAACAAUAUCAGGAACGUUUUUUUCCCGCUUACAAUCCUUGUGCUCAUGAAAUUAUACGUAUGAGACAGCUGCCACCACCUCAAAGUGGUACCAAAUUUCAUUGUGGAAAAAUUGAUGGACUGCAACCUGAAAAAGAGUACACAUUCAUGGUAUCAGCUGGUGAUCGAAGUGGCACCUGGUCUCCAUGGAGUGAACCUCAACUUGGUCAUAUAAGUGUAAGUCCGGUUCAAGUGAACUCCUUGAAAAAGUUAGAUGGGACAGCAAAUAGCAUCCUCAUUGGAUGGAACGUACGCGUUACUGACGUAGCUCGUGUUGUCGGCUAUCGAAUUCAUGUCACACCUGUAGGUCAAUAUGACGCAAGACCGUUAACGUUUUCAGUGGAUCGUUCCACAUCCCAGUAUAACAUUGAUAAUCUCUUAGCAAAUACACGAUACAACAUAACAGUUGAUGCCACAACAGAUGGCAUCAAUUAUCAUCCAGGUAUUGGAAUUGAAGCAAGCACAGAUUCUGCACCACUAACUGGUAUUCUGACUGCACCACGAGUUAUUGAAGAACAAGCUAAUUCUGUAACGUUGGAAUGGAAUACACCAAGUGGUCACUUAGGCAGUUUCGUGAUUGAAUAUCGCCUUGGUAAUGGGGCGUGGCAACAUUAUUCUCGACGAGUUGCCGCACAUCCCGGACGGCGUGUCUACACUGCGCAGGUUGAUCAGCUUCCAACAAACAGUGUGGUAGAUCUUCGAAUACGUGUAGUGUCGCCUCAAAACGAACAGUCUGCUCCAAGUCCAGAAGUUCGAGCUCGAACUCGUUGUUCAGCACCACCUUCUCCACCUCAAGCUAUUCGUGUAGAUGCUCCCUCCACCAGCGAAGUUAGAGUUUCUUGGGCUCGUCCAGCUAAAGAUACAUGGCAAUGUGAUCAGCUGAAUUAUGACAUUUCUACACGUGUAAGUGGACAAAAAGAACGCAUAGUAUCAAUACCUGGUGAUCAAACUGAAUAUACUUUUCCUGCUGAUGCAAACAGUCGAUGGACAGUAAAAGUAAGAAGCAGUAAUCAGGUAGGAACAAGUCCAUGGAGCUCUGAACAAACCAUAACCACUAAGCAAGGAAUUCCUGGCCCGGUACGUGAUUUACGUUUACGUGCUAAGAGUCCAAAUGAAGUACUGGUACAGUGGCUUGCACCGUUGGUACAACGUGGCACAAUAGUCGGUUACGACAUUAGUUACCGUUUAAAGCACCGAUUAGCAUGUCCAGAUGAAGAACCGCGCGAUGUCAGUCGUGAUUUUGUCACAGUUUAUAAUCAUAAAGAUUUGGAGUAUACACUGACAGGAUUGUUACCCUUUUCACUAUAUCAAGUACGUGUACGUGCACGCACUACGGAAUUAGGUCUCGAGGAAAUGAAGGAAAUCGCAACUGAGCAGCAACCUCCCAGUGCACCACCAUUAAAUUUGCAAUUGAGUUAUGCACUAGAACGUUCCAUCAGCUUUCAAUGGGAACCUGUAGAAUGCUCCCAACGUCACGGACAUAUUGUAAAUUACGAAUAUGAAAUUCAAGGGCAGGAUGAUUGGGCAAAAUUAGAACGCCAAAUCGCAAACACUACAGAUACAAAAGUUAAUAUUGAAGGCUUAACGCCGUUUACCAAGUACAUCAUGCGUGUAAAAGCUUACAAUAGUAUUGGUGGUGGUCCCAACACAGAGAAUCUAGAUGCUAUGACCGCUAAAGCAAAUGCACCUUUACCACCGCAAGAUUUGGUUGUUGCUCAGGAAGGAACUGAUUAUUUUAUGAUUUCUUGGUUACCACCCUAUCCACCAUAUGGACCUCAUGAUAAGUACAAAAUUCAAUAUCAACUUUUAAAUGAUAAUCGUUGGACUGAAAUCGAAAAAUACACUAAGGAUCGUUUAUUGCGAUGUCCAGCUGAAAGUCCUCGGCAUUGCUUUAAUGUCACUGGUCUGCCAAGUGGAUCACAGUUUCGAGUUCAGGUUGCUGCUCACAUAGAAGAUGGUUCUUACGGUCCAUGGAGCACUGUGACUAUUGCUAACACAUUACAAAUUCUUCCAGAUGCACCACGUGCGAUUGAAUUAGUUGAAAAAACGGAUAGCUCACUGCAUAUACGUUGGAUUCCACCAUCUGAUCCUCUUGGACAAAUUACGCAAUACAAAGUGGGUAUUGUUUCAUUGGAUGAUCCAUAUGAUCAUCAGAAGACUUUUCUCGUAGAUCAUCCAAUGUUACAGCACAUACUGACUAAUUUAAGACCUGAAACUUCAUAUAAUAUCAGCAUUUCGGCAGGUACCAAACGUGGUUUUGGUCCCAUUGCUUGGACUCGGUAUUCUACUGAUCCUUUUAAAGUACCAGCAGUCUUAUUCCCUCCACAAGUUACAACAAAUGGCUCUGAUGCAUUGAAUGUACAGUGGAAUGGUAUUUUGGAUACAAAAAACCAAAUACAUGGAUAUAUUAUUGAAUUUCGGUCUAGCGACAAUCCAACAUUUACAGAAUAUGAUGGAAUUGUUGAGCACGACGUCAAUCGAAGAAACUAUAAACAGCGACUGUCUUUAUUAGAUUCUGAUACUCUAUAUUUCAUACGUAUCAAAGUGGUUGAUAGAAAGCAGCGUGUCAGUUCACCAAGUCCAGAAGGCAGUGCAAGAACUGGCUGUGCUCCACCUCUCGCUCCACCAUCAAAUGUGAAUGCUUUCGCACCAUCACCUCAUCAGGUGCACAUCAAUUGGGAACCACCAAUUCAGUCUUCCUGGCAGUGUUCAAAUAUUCGUUAUAAGGUUGAGUACAUAAACGGUUCCUCUCCACAUCGACAAAUUGAUGUGCCUAGUGGAGUGACUGACUGGGCGUUAGAUGCAACUCCAAAUACUUUCUGGCGCUUAAGAGUGCGAGUUGAAAAUGAAGCAGGUGCUUCAGAAUGGAGUAAGGAAGUCUCUAUUACUACUGCUGAAGGUGCUCCAAGUGCAGUAGAAAAUCUUGAUGGCCAAGCACAUGGACCAGAAGCUGCUACAAUAACCUGGCGACAACCUUUACAGCCGAAUGGACAAAUUUCAGGCUACACUUUGGUCUACAAGUUGAAAUCUCGGGGUGAAUGCGGUCCACGUUCUGCACAACCUAUCACGCUCAAUACUCAAAAUGAAGAAAUGACGUUGCAAGGAUUGUUACCUGAUUCCACUUAUGAUGUCCACGUGACUGCACACACUUCUCAAGUUGGACCUCAAUCUAAUAUCAUCACUGUCACAACUGAAGAAGCCGUUCCUACUGGUCCUCCUUUGAAUCCACGAGUAAGUUUCGUAACGCAAGCACGUGGCGAUUUUUUGUGGAAUGAGCCAGAUUGUGAACUUCGAAAUGGUAAAAUAACUGGCUACCAAUGGCAGUUAGAAAGUUUAGAUCAGUGGGGAGAGAAUAAAACAGGUCAUAGCGACUCGCAACGUGUAUCAUUCAGUGAUCUGAUUCCGUACACCAAAUAUCGUGUACGAGUAUCCGCUGAGAAUGCUGUUGGUAGUGGUCCCUGGUCAGAUUGGGUCUCAUUUCGAACACAACCUUCCGCGCCUCCGUCACCAACGGAUUUGAUUGAGGAGGAGUCAUUCCCUCAUGCCAUUGAAAUCUCAUUUUUGCCACCCUCACCUCCUCAUGGAGUUCUUAACGAAUACCGGAUAAGACAUACACCAUCUGAUCAGUUGAACUACAAAGAAGUACGUAUUCACGAGAGUCGUUUACAAUGCUCAGAUGCUUCGAAACGUGAUCGUUUGUGUUAUCGAGUGAUCGAUUUAGAACCUGAGCAAGAAUACGGGAUUCAGGCAUCCGCUCAUACCGAGAACGGUGCUUGGGGAGAAUGGAGUGAAUCCAUUGAAGCUCGAACACAUGAACAAAAUAUUCCGGUUCUGGAACGUGAACUAGAAAUAGUGGAGACCAGACCAAACAUGAUAACAUUACGAUGGAGAGGCUUGCAGGAAGAUCAAGCUAAGCAUAUUGUUGGUUACGUCUUAGAAUACAAAUCAGAAGAUGAGGACUGGAAGGAAUACAAUGGUGUUACAAAACAUCGCAGUCAUCAAAAUGAUUAUCGAGUUCAGGUGAAAGGUUUGGAACCAUCCACGGAGUAUUUCUUCCGUUUGAAAGUUGUUGGUAAGAACGACAAGCGUGGUUCAUCAGGACCGGAAGUUAGAGCUAUGACAAAUUGCGGAAGGCCUGAAGAACCUCCAACUGAUCUCAAAUUGUCUUCUGACUUCGAAAAUCUAAAACUAACGUGGACAAAUCCCGAGGAAGAGUCGUGGAACUGUAACAACGUUGAAUACGUUAUUGAUUUUGUAAAUACUACUUCGCGAGGCAUAAUGACAGUACCAUCAGAUGCACCGAGUGAACUAUCAAUACCAUCGCUUCCGGGUACUAAGUGGGAUAUUCGCAUGCGUACUCAAACGAUUGAAGAAGGUCGAAAACCUUCGUAUAGUCCCUGGAGUGAUCGCGUAACAUUAGUGACUCAAGCACUUCCUGGAGAACUUUUCCUUAAAGUUGAACCCAAAACACCGACUUCAGCAGAAGUAAUUUGGGAUCUAACUGAUCAGGAUCAAAAAUGGAAUUACGGUGUUGAUAUUAGUUAUCGAUUGAAACAAUUGGGUGGAUGUUUAGGGUCACGAGGUAAUGAUCAUGAACCGGUAACAAAGUAUAAUGUACAAGAUAAACAAAUUGUGCUUGAAAACCUAAAACCAGGCUCUGAAUAUGAAGUCAUUGUAACUCCACGUCGUCCACCAUCGCUACGAUCAUCAAUUAAAACUCCUAAAACAGUUAGGCAUUUUAGAACAAAAGCGGAUAUUCCCUCAGGACCACCAAGACAUCUUCGUGGCGAAGGGCGGCAAGACAGCGAAAUUUCAUUUAAAUGGGAGCCACCAGUAUGCGAGGAGCAAAACGGUGCAAUAACACAAUAUGAAUAUGAGGUAACAGGUACUGAUGAAUGGAAUGACGUGACACGUGAAGGUGUAACACCGCGAGUUAAUGCCGUGGUAGAUCAGCUGAAACCUGGAUCAAAGUAUAACGUACGUGUACGUGCAUAUACUAGCGAAGGAGCUGGGCCAUGGUCAAAAGUAAUUCAGAUCAGCACUACUGGCACAGAACUUGGACCACCUCGAGAGCUGACUGCAGUACAGACUAGACCAAAAGAUAUACAGUUAACUUGGCUCCCUCCGUAUCCAGAACGAGCUCCGGUUAAUGCUUAUAAGCUGAGUUAUAGUCCACGUGCAGAUGAAUCGAAACCUAUAGAGAUGGAAGUCUCUGCUGAGGAGCUGACCUGUAAGGGAUACAGAAGUCCUUUGAUUACUAGUGACAAUCUAUGUACAACUGUGAAGUCACUGCAACCAGAUACUACUUAUCGUUUUGCUGUUCAGGGUCAGUCAGCUAGUGGUGUUUGGGGCGAAUGGUCACCAUCUUACUUUGCAACCACGAGUUUUACUGAAGAUGAAGCAAUUCCCGGAAAGUUGAGACUAGUAUCAGCAGGGCAUGACAAUUUACGCGUAAAUUGGACGGCACCACCAACUGUUAGAAAUAGUGUCGAUCGUUAUCUGGUGAACAUAUCAUCAGUUAGUGCUUUCGGCGAACAUCCCAGACAGUUUCUUGUGCACAGUGGACAGAACGAUUUUCAUUUUCGAAAUUUAGAGUCUGCAAGCCACUAUAAUAUUACCGUGCAAGGUUUAUCUCAGGGAAAGCGAAUUUGGCAUAUAUCAGAGGUUUUCUCAACCACUGACUACGGAACUGGGCUGCUUUCUUGGUUACCGCCGCCAACAGAUUUGAAAUUGUUAGAGAAAUCAGAUCGAAUGAUGCAUGUGGCUUGGAGCCCCCCUGAAAUUUUUGAUCCAGCUUAUAAGGACCUCAUCACUCAUUACAGAGUGACAAUAGCUCCAUUUGAUUCAUUCUCAGGCACAACAGGUCGUACACGUAAUUACUCGGUAUCGUACCCUGGGACAUCAAUCAAAUUUGAAGAUUUACGACCAGAAACGAUUUACAAUAUAACCGUGCAAGCUGGCACUACUAGUGGUUACGGUGAAAUACUGUGGGGUAGUUAUAGUACAUUGGCUUCAGGACAGAAUCAUUUGUUGCGCUUAGUUGACCGUACACCAACAUCAUUAACUGUUGAAUGGGAACCAACAUUUUUCAGUGGUGAAAAUUAUAUUCUUUCGUGGAAAACAUUACAUUCUGUGUCUCCGCAUGUUCGAACAAAUGUGGUCCGAUCAGCACAAGUAGAUGAUGGUAUUACACGGUAUACAAUUGAAGAUUUAGAUCCUUCAACAGUAUACAAUGUAAGCUUGCAACCGCGAUCUGGUGGUGAAAUAAUCUCAGGUGCUUAUGCUACACUGCCUCCUGGAUGGUUUAUGGUUCGGAAUUUGGUGUGGUGUGAUAAAACGAACUAUGCUCUAUCACUCACUUGGGAACCAGUAGAGUUGCAUAAAGCAUCACAUUAUCAGGUUCGGUACCUGAGACUUAAGGAGCACGAUGCAAUCUGGACAGAAGAAAAUGAAGUUCGAGCAGUUGAGCUGCUCUGUCCUAAAGAUGGAUGCAAUCGUCACUGUUAUUUAGUCUUCAACAUGGAGUACAAUCCAAACGAGUAUGUCUUCCAAGUCCGAGCUAAGGUAAACCAUUCUGUUCUCGAAAAAUCUGAGAGGAAGAAAGCUUGUUGCAUUGUACCUCCGCCAUAUAUGGUAACAAAUAUCGGUGCAGCAGGAACUUACUGGGAGGUUGAUAUUGCACCAGUGGAAUCUCAACGUUAUUAUGUUGUGGUUGACGAACGCGAACCAGCGGGAAGUACUAAUUGGACUGAAUUGACGGAUAAAGUUACCGCAAACAAACUAAAGAUUCCGUAUUAUGUUGGAGCAUCAUUCAAUGCUGAUACGUUGCCAGGGCCACGUAAAGUACGUAUUGGUGAUGGCACAGUGAUUGGUGGAUACUUAAAUUAUCCUUUGGUCAAAGGCAAGAAAUAUAACUAUGAAAUAUACUCUGUCUGGGAGUUGAAUGGUAAACCGGCUGCUGUAGCACGCCAACGAGCAAGUCCAUACGCGAUUUCUGGAUGGCCUUGGUGGUGGCUGCUACUUUUGCUUCUUCUCCUACUUCUGCUAAUUCUCCUUACAUGUUGCCUUCUUUGGUAUAUUCGUUCUUCACUGGAUCAAAAGGCUACAGCACGUGGAGAUUUCGAAGAUGGUUAUGUGCGUGGUUUUCGUGAUGCAAACAAACUUGGUACUGCUUCUGCAGCACGUCGAAGGAUGGAUGAUGAUUAUGCCACUCGUGAUGAUCGAUUCCACGAAGGAUAUGUGAAAGGAUUAAGAGAUGCUGGAAUGACGGGAAUGAGUACAUCAAUGCAUAAUUUGGCACAACGAGGCCAAGGCGCAGGAUAUUCAUCUGGAUAUAUGCAAGGUUUCCGAGACGGUAAUUCUGGCAUUUUUGGUGACCGAAUAACAGGCAGUCUCUUGCGAAGAUUGGAGGAGCAGUACCCGAAUCAAGAAGAAUUUCGUACUGGUUACAUCGAUGGAUUUAAAGAAGGAGCUGGAAGUCGAAGUUCUGAGCGCAAGUCACGGCAUAAGUCAAAAAGUGCUGGCGAUGAAAUACAUACUACAAAAAUUUAUCACGUUUACAAUCAACAACCGGACAGUCUGGUAGUUUCAGGAUAUUCUACAACAGGCCGUCAGUUGGAGCAAGAGCUAGAGGAGCUUACAUCCUCUUCAAGAAGAUCUACUCUUAGAAGACAUUACACGUUUUAUUUAAUUUCUUGGUUAGCUAUUUUUGGUUUGUUUACAGAGCAGGCGGAACGUGCUCGUCUUUAUUCUGGUACUGGUACGUCAUAUAUUAGUCGCGCGUCAGCAGCCGAACGACCUAUAACAGAUACAUAUUCACGUCGUUACGCGUAUCGUAGUCGUAGUGAUAUGGGUGGUAGUCCACGUCGUUAUGCAUCACAUACAAUACUGGACGGAGCUCGUCCAGGACCAUCUACGCCACACGCACGUCGCAAUGCAUUGCACACAUUGCAGCGUGAACUUGACACUCUUUCCAGGUCGCCAGACCGCUUGACACCACGUGGAUAUAGUUCUGACACAGGCUAUAUGAACGAUACCAUGCGAUCACGCACACGUGCAUAUUCAAAUUAUGAUUACGAUACAUAUCAAACGUCUAAAAAUGGUGUGAAUACGUCAGCAGGUGCUAACGCGAGGUAUCUUGGAAGCGUUCCAGCGAGAGCUACCACUUCUACGUCAUAUCAUCGUAGAGGUUAUUUAUCUUCUAUAAACUCAUCUUCUAAGCUCAAUAAAUGA